UUGAUGAGAAUAACCGAGAGGUUUUCCUAUGGGAAGUUGGUUGCACUUUUGACUCAAGUUUAGAGGAAGCUUUCCUUACUAAACAGGUUAAAUACCAACCAUUGGUGCAAGCAGGGCCGUGUCUAACGAAUGGGCUGACCGGGCUGUAGCCCCAGGCCUCGCCGCUAGGGGGGCCUCCGGUCGCUGAAGGUCAAAUGACAAAUAUCCAUAAAAAAAAAAAAAAAAAACGAGCGAAAAUGCCGGGCCAAAGGAAACACGAGAGCGGAGCAAAAAAACGAAAAUUAGAUGAAAUAAAAAAGGAAAGAGCGAAAGAAUUAUUACAGAAAACACCCAAAUUAACCAACAUGUGGAGGAGUAAUCAGCCCGCUGUAGCAGCUACCACCAACAAAGAUACAACUGUCAGUGACGGAGAGCAUCCAACCACCGCUAGCCAACUAACCAGCCCAACUAGCCAGUCUGCUAGCAAUAGUGCUACAAUCUGAGGAAACAAGUGAUGGAGAAGAAGCAGUGGGUAAUUUUGAAUUAUCAAGAACAGGCUGAGAACGACAAUGUUGGAGGAGAAACUUAACAAUCUGACUUUAAUGUCAAUUGAGCACGACAUGCUGGCCCAAAUGGACUUUGAGGAACUCAUUAAUGAUUUCGCACGGAAGAAGAGCAGAAGACGGGCCUUCUGAAGUCCCUUGGUGAGUCAUGUUUGCCGCGGCGGCCUCCUCUAUAUGACCCAGCCCCAUUAAUGUGUAAAAUAGUUUUAGCUUGUUUGUGUGCACAUUUCAAACAGUUCACCCCAAAUAUGUUGCAUCGCACAUUCCUGCCUGUCUUCUUGCUUGGGGUUUGUUGUGCGUAACCGGACAUGUACCAGGGCGUUACUCCCGGAGUAAAUUAACCAUUCAAUGCCCAAACCGUUUGAGCCAUAGCCGGGGCCUUCAUUGACCUUUGUUUAAUAGCCUACAAUAGGCCCUACAUUGUUUUAUAGUUUUUGAUGAGUUUACAAAAACAGGAUGCAUUUCUAUAAAUUAAGUAACUUUCAAAAAACAGUUCAUUUAUGUUGGCUGGGCCUAACUUGCUGUACUUGAUAGCAAAUGCAUUGUAGGGCCUAUUACUUUUUCUGUAAUGAUUUGCCAGUCACCAAAUCACCAAUUUCAUACUUUCUUUUUUCCUACAUUUUCAAGUAGGCCAAUUCAGAUACAUUUUGUUUCCCCAUCCUCAUUCUGUCAGCUUUGUCAACACUACUGCAAUUAUAAUAAAGCUACCCUUGAAUUGAAAUGAAUUUAAUUGAAUUGAAAUCAUAUUACCAGUUCACUUUAAAUAGUCUGUCAUAGAUUGGUAGGCCUACUGUGUACGCUGAUGUGUCAGUGGGUUUGUGUGAGGUCAUGCGUCAGAACAUCAUGAUAUGAAGGGCCUCACCCGGGUAAUUAGCCCCGGGCCUCAGAAAGUGUUAAUCCGGCCCUGGGUGCAAGCUAUCAUACAUUUAGGCUAUAAAUGCCAGCUUAUCGUUUUUAUUUUCGGCAGCCUAGGUCAUGUCCACAGGCUGGUGGUCAGAGGCUUGAGAAUUAUGAGGUUGUCCAAAUGUAAAGCCAAGCAGCUUGCAACAUAUUGCUCAAUCUCCUCCAUUAUAGGCAGCCGAGCUAUUUGGAGGAGGUGUUUUCUGUACCCAUAGAUUUUCUGUCUGUUAACAGACUGUGUGCAGAAUAAGGUCAUGUGUAUGUAUUGUCUAUUAUGUGCAUGUUUGACUCAAGUACUGCAACAUGUUUCGAGGAUGUAGGGCAUCAAAAGCAUCUGAAAAUAUUUGUGCCCUUGCAAUGUAUUUUAUAAAUGCGGACACAAAUAAAGACAUUUGAAAUGUGUGAGCGAAUUAGUGGAAGUGCAGAGGUUAAGGACCUGUUCAGCAAAACUGUUGUGGGUUCAAUGCCCUAUAUCAUUACCCUUGUUAUAUAAUUGACCUAAUAAAUGACUUUGGAUGAAGGCGUCCACUAAAUGAAUAAAUGUAAAUGUCUGAGAGAUGGACAGAAUAACACUAAGCAAUCUAUGACAGCCAUUUGCUAAACUACAUAUUUCUGUUACAUAGGUGCAGCAAUGCGAAACAAGGUCCCCAUGCAGCUUAUAAUGCGUACAAGGAAUUUGUGCGUAAGGACACAACUGCACUCUUCCUGGCUGCUGCAAUGGAACACUUUGGGUUGCAGGAUGUCACAGAAAUUCCAGAUGGGUUUGUCCCAGUGGAUGUCAGCGAGGGAUUGCCACAACUGAGGAGAGACUGGCUGCAUGAGAAGGUGGGACAGGUUGUGGACACCUUCGUAAUGAUGACGGGCAUUACAGAAGCUGCGAGCCAGAGGCAGGCUUCGACACAGCCGCAGCAGUUUCAGUGUCGUGCGGACGGGUGUGGCAAUAUGUACAUAUACAGCAAGGCAAGGGUAACCCAUGAGUACAAGAUACACAAUCUUGUUGCUCCAUUGGACCCUACUCCACAACAUACAAGUCCAGCAAACGAAGACCAUAAAAAAAAACACACUGAAGCUAGACUUGGCUUUGGAUUCUUCCUGCUUAACAUGCAGGACGGUGUAAGAGAAGGUGAUGGUGAUAGGAUAAUGAGACUGUAUAAAGUUGCCCUGCUUUUUUAUAAAGCAUAUGGACACAGCCAUUACGCCUACAGCACCUUUCUUCUUACACUGCAGGUAAAUCUCACUCUGUCCCCACGCAUGGCACACAGUGUCAUAUGGAACCGGUUUUGGAAUGGUCGAGGGGGAAAGGGGAAAAAUAUUCCUCUCGACCUCCAUCUGGAGCACCUUAACAAUUUUCUGAAAUCCUUCAUGAGAGGCUUGGGAUCAAACCUGUCUGAACGGUCAGCAGCCAGGAUCAGUCAGUCCAUUGGCACCCUCAAGGAGCUAAUGGACAAAACGGACUCGGAACUGGAGCGGACAAGGCCGACUGGCAUGCAUCAUGUAGCCCGAGAACAGGAGGACAUUUUAACCCUGGUCGAAGUUUUCAGAGAGACUCACCUUUUUCAACAUCACCCAGGCAGACAGUUUACAGCUUUCCCAAAUUUCCAAAAAAACCUAUUGGGAAAGCUAAAUUACCUGGAAUUAUGGAAUUGGAUGAAGUCCAAACUGAUGGAGUGGAGGAAUGUACCCAUUUGAUUAGUGAUGUAUGUAAAAUUUGUAAAUAAUUGUUUUUUUAAAUCUUUUUUAAUAUAAGUGUCUUAUUGUCAACUUUCUUGAAACCAUUAUUUUUGUGCGUGUUUUCUUAUUGGUUAUAUGUUCAAAGUGUAUGUUCAAACAUUAGCAAUGAUGGAGAUAUUAUUAUGUGGAGGUAUUCAAAAUCUUUAUUGACAUCUGUCUUAUUGUUUCUUUUUAAAAUGCAAAAAGUGUUAGGAUCACAAUUAAAGACGUUGCCGCCGAAGGCGGCGAUGUCGGGUGCACGGGCCAUCAUCAAACGACCCUGCGGGAUCCCCUCCCCACUCCCACAUUCAAGCCAACAGGGUGCAAGGUGCCGAGUCUGUAUAUCCAGAUCCUCUCGGCCCUGCGCCGCCUGGCAAGUGACCAGCCAGGAUUUGAUUGGAGCACAGUGGCCGACAGGGCAGCCCACCCAUGGAGCACAAAGUGUUCUACCAGAGGGAGGUGAGUUUCUUUGCCGCGCCGGACAUUGUAUCUGUGCUGCGUGAAGUGCGUCAAGAGGGUGUUACCGGUCUCACCCACGUACUGCACACCGCAGGUGAGGCAGCGGAUAAGGUACACGCAGUUGGACGUGGCGGGGCCGGAGUGCCUCUGGGUGGCGAACACGGCGCCGGUGUGUGGGUUCCGAGCCCAGGGGCGGUAGAGGUAAAACUCUGAGCGUCUGUUGGACCCGCGCUCGGUCCGAGGUGGCAUUUUGGCCCUAACGAGCAGGUCCCUGAGAUUGCGGUUUUUUCUGUACGCCGCGAUGAUCCCGUGUCUGGGCAACAACGCGGUGACAUCUUGGAACCACUUAAAAUGUCUCUGUGA